AUGUCCCUCAAGCUGCCACGGAACUGGGAUUUCAACCUGAAGAUGGAUGCUGCGAAAAUAGCUCGCUCCAGGAGUGUGAUGAGUGGGGAUCCCACACAGCCAGGCUCCCCUGGCACACUGGAGAGGCCCCUGAAGCUUGGCUGGCUGAAGAAACAACGCUCCAUCGUCAAGAACUGGCAGCACAGGUACUUCGUGCUCAAGGGGCAGCAGCUCUACUACUACAAGGAUGAGGAUGAUGCCAAACCACAGGGCUGCCUGUCUCUCCAUGGAAGUACCAUCAAGGAGGUGUCCAGCAACCCAGAGGAAGGAGGGAAAUUCAUCUUUGAGAUCAUCUCAGGGGUAUCUGGAGACCAGAACAGGCCAGGGCAGGACACCUGUGUGCUCAUGGCCAGCUCCCAGUCUGAGAUGGAGGAGUGGGUGAAAUCCAUUCGCCGCGUGCUGGGGUCGGCGUCAGGAGCUGUGUUCGGGCAGCGCUUGGCAGAGACCAUGGCCUACGAGCAAAAAUUUGGGCAGCACCAGGUGCCCAUCCUGGUGCAGAAGUGUGCAGAGUUCAUCAGGGAGCAUGGAGUGAGUGAGGAAGGAAUCUUUCGCCUCCCUGGCCAGGACAACCUGGUGAAACAGCUCCGGGAGGCGUUCGACGCCGGAGAGAGACCUUCGUUCGACAGGGACACAGAUGUGCACACUGUGGCCUCUCUGCUCAAGCUCUACCUGCGGGAGCUGCCAGAGCCUGUGGUGCCCUGGACACAGUAUGAGCAUUUCUUGCUCUGUGGUCAAGCACUGGAUGCUGAGGAGACAAAGGGCCACCAGGAACUCCUGAAGCAACUGUCCCUCCUUCCCAAAGACAACUACAACCUCCUCAGCUACAUCUGCAGGUUUCUGUAUGAAAUACAGUUGAACUCUAGUGUCAACAAGAUGAGUGUGGAUAACUUGGCGACAGUGAUUGGAGUGAACCUCAUUAGGCCCAAGAUAGAGGAUCCUGCAACUAUUAUGAGAGGCACACCACAGGUCCAGAAGGUGAUGACAGUGAUGAUCAGUGACCACGCAGAGCUCUUCCCCCCAUCCAAGGAUGUGCCUCCCUCCCCUCCUGCCUCCCAAAGUGAGAAGAAAGCUCCUGUCCCUCGCAGCUCCGUGGGCUGGGGAGCAGCAGAGGCCCCUGCAGUGCCCAGGGCUGUGAGCCUGGGCCAAAGGCAAAUGAGGGGUGACCCCAGUUCCUGCACUGCCCCUGGACCAGCCACGAGCUCAAGUGCCCCAGGGGAAGAUAAUGAGUCCCAAGAUGCACUGGGAACGUGGAAAACACAGGCAAGGAAAAGAACUCAGACUUUACCUGCGAGGAAAUCUUUCCUGACAGCUGCUGCUCCAGGGGAGAAGGGCAGCAAGGAAAAAACUGAUGUGUUUGGCCGUGACUUUUGGAAAAGCUCCUCUGGGAGCAGCACACACUCCAUGGUCACUGAUGGGCACAAGAGAACGUUGUCUCAUGAUCUUUUCAAGCUGCUGGACCUGCAUCGUGCUGUGACCUACGACAACAUUCCCACCCCCCAGGCAGAGAGGGGGGAGGGCAGCAGCUCCAGCCCCAGCCCUGCCAGCAGCAUCUCUGACAAGGAGUUCCUCCCCUGCCCCAGCCCCAGCCAUGAGCCCAAGGAACCAGCCAGUGCCUUCAGCAGCCCUGCAGAUGUGGCCAAGCCUGAGCAGGAGACCAGGGAGUUCCUGCAAAACACCAUCCUCAGGCUGGAAAAGGAAAUGGAGGCACAGAAAAAUGACUUCCAGGAGCAAAUUAAGAGCCUCGAAGAGGAAAACUUUGAAGUCUGGGCCAAAGUGGUGAGGCUGAACCAGGACAUUGAGAAGGAGAAGAAGAAGUCUGAGGAGCUGCAGCUGAAGCUGGUGAACGUGGAGCGCUCACGGGAGGACGUGGAGAAGAAAAACAAGAUGCUUGAGGAGCAGAUAAAAAUUUUAGCUAAAUCCACAUUCAAAACUGAUGCCAAAACCAACUAG